AUGGAUCCUCAUGCGCAAGCGUCGUUGGCGCCGUUACCGGAACAACUGCAGAAUAGGGCGCCCACUAACCUCAGAGAAAGGAUGGUUCCAAAUGUCCGCCCUCCUGCGAUAAACAAGCCGACCGACGAGCAAUUUUUCAUACACGACGAGCAAGGCAAUCCGAAGCCUAAUCCCCACUUUUUGAGGGACCAUUUCUUCCAAGAAGGCCGCUUGACGGAGGCACAGGCCUUCUAUAUCCUCGACCAAGCAACGAAGCUGUUGAGCAAGGAGAGGAAUCUCAUCGAUGUUAAGAGCCCUGUAACGAUAUGCGGUGAUAUCCAUGGCCAAUAUUACGAUCUCAUGAAACUGUUCGACGUCGGAGGCUCGCUCGAUGAAAACUGCUAUCUAUUCCUUGGAGACUAUGUUGACCGAGGUUGUUUUGGAAUCGAAUGCCUAUUGUAUCUAUAUACUCUCAAACUGUGCUAUCCAACGAAAUUUCUUCUACUACGAGGUAACCAUGAAUGCCGCCAUCUAACUGAAUAUUUUACCUUCAAACGAGAAUGUCUUCACAAGUACACACAAGUGGUGUACGAAGCUUGCAUACGAUCAUUCCAAGCCCUUCCCCUUGCCGCUGUAGUCGAUAGCCGAUUCUUCUGCGUUCAUGGUGGUAUAUCGCCCCAGCUGAUCUCGCUUGAUGAUAUACACAAACUAAAUCGUUUCGAAGAGCCAGGGUCAAGUGGACUCCUCUGUGACUUGUUAUGGGCCGACCCCAUCAGUAAUUAUGGAAACGAGCAGGAGCCGUCUGCUAUCGGCCGUAGCACUAUACCCCCAGGAACCCCCUUCCUUCCCAAUCAGACCAGAGGGUGUUCGUACUAUUUCACGUACGAUGCUGCAUGCGCGUUUCUAGACCGGACAGGCCUCCUAGGAAUAAUACGAGGUCAUGAAGCACAAGAUGCAGGUUACACCAUGCACAAGAAGACCCCACAGAAAAAAUUCCCUUCUGUCAUUACUAUAUUCUCCGCGCCAAACUAUCUGGACGUAUACCAUAAUCGUGGAGCAGUUUUGAAAUAUGCGAACAAGAACAUAACCAUAAGACAGUAUAAUUCUAGCUCACAUCCUUAUUGGCUUCCCAACUUUAUGGAUGCCUUUACAUGGAGUCUACCAUUCGUCGGUGCCAAGAUCACCGAGAUGCUGUUAGCCGUUCUAAGCGUAUGCAGCGAAGAGGAGCUAGGCGAGACAGAUUCGGACAGCGAAGGCGAUAUUCAGGCUCUGGCAGACGCCGCAAGCUUCCAGCAGCGGCGAGAAGAAAUCAGGAACAAGAUCCUAGCGGUAGGACGUAUGCAGAGGGUGUUCCAGAUUCUUCGGGAGGAAGCCGAAUCAGCUUCUGAGCUCACAAUGGGAGAUGAAUCGUCGAACAGCGCAGCUGUGGGAGCUCGUAUAGGAACUGAUGCCCUCGGUGUUCAACAAGUUGGCCGGAGCAUUAGAACUUUUGCCGACGCACGCCGAUCUGACAUGAUGAAUGAGCGAAUCCCCACGUUCAACCCUCCGGUCCCUGGCGCGUUCCCCGUACCCAGCAUGAGAUACCCUGGUAGAAGGGGAACUGCGGAUGGUGAGGAUUUGGAUAUGGAGACUCUAAUACGACGAACUAUGGAGAACGACGAAGCUGGUGGAGUUGUUGAGAGGCUCGCUGAGAGGCUGGCGCACGGACGGAGGGCGACAGGUCGGCCAGCGGCACUGAAGAGGCACGAGACAACAUGA